AACCUCGUGCAAAACAAACAUGGCUGCCGCCGCUACACUAGUCUCGCAGUCUAAUGCUGCCUUAAAUUACAGCUAUUAUUAAAAAUAUAUGUAUUACUACUAGCUGUGAAGUUGUAUUUUGGGUUAAAAUGGGGCUUCCGGUUCUCUCGGCCAUUUUCAGAAGCCGUGUAGUUUGUGAAAGAGGCAUUGUGGCUCUUUUGAAUUGUCCGAAGCACACGAAAGCUAGAGUUUCUCUCUUCAGCCAUUCAGCUGGACGCUGCGCACAGACCUGUCAAGCUCUGAUCUACAGAAAACACGGAGACCCUUCUGGAGUGGUUGAGUUGGAAGAUGUACCAGUGCAUCAAACAGGUGCAAAGGAAGUCCUGGUUAAACUGCUGGCAUCUCCAAUAAAUCCAUCUGACAUAAACAUGAUUCAAGGUACCUAUUCUAUUCUGCCAGACCUUCCUGCCGUUGGUGGCAAUGAGGGAGUGGCUCAGGUUUUAGAAGUGGGCAGUCAGGUGAAGUCUCUUAAAGCAGGAGACUGGGUAAUCCCCAGAGACGCAGGGCUUGGAACAUGGAGGACAGAGGCAGUGUUAGCUGAAGAUGACGUUAUCUCAGUGCCAAACGACAUUCCUCUGCUCUCCGCCGCCACACUGGGAGUCAAUCCCUGCACCGCCAUCAGGAUGCUCUCUGACUUUGAAGAUUUGAAGCCAGGAGACUCUGUGAUCCAGAAUGCAGCCAAUAGUGGAGUAGGGCAGGCUGUCAUACAAAUUGCUGCUGCAAGAGGAAUAAACACCAUAAAUGUUAUUCGAGACAGGCCCGAUUUCACACAACUCAGUGACAGGCUAAAGGCUAUAGGUGCCAGUCAUGUAAUCAAAGAAGAGAGCCUGAGGCGACCAGAGAUGAAGGAACUGUUUAAGACAUGUUCAAAGCCCAAACUGGCUUUAAAUGGUGUCGGAGGAAAGAGUGCAACAGAAUUGCUUCGUCAUCUACAAGUUGGAGGGUCUAUGGUGACAUACGGAGGAAUGUCUAAGCAGCCGGUGACUGUUCCCGUGAGUGCUCUCAUUUUUAAGGAUGUAAAAGUUCGGGGUUUUUGGGUGACACAGUGGAAGAAAGAUCACUCUCACGAUGGGAAGGCAUUCAGAGCCAUGCUGGAUGAACUGUGCUCUCUCAUCCAGCAGGGGAAGCUAACAGCUCCUGCCUGCACAGAGGUGCGCAUACAAGACUAUAAAAAGGCGCUGGAUGCAGCCAUGCAACCUUUUUCUUCCCGUAAACAGAUCUUAAUUAUGUGAAUGUUCUGCUUUCAUUAACCAGUCACCACAAUGUUGUGACAGAAGUGAGUGAACUAAAGUGUAACCUGAGGCCCAUGUCACAUUAUUGUUGAUCCAGGUACCAGUAAACCAGUUACUGUGCUCAAUAAACAUGCUUUCUCAACAGCCUCAAA